AUGUCAGCGUUUACUGCGACGAACAGCGAGUCAGGCGCCUACGUUAACGCCAUCGCGGAGCAGCUCCGCGGCUACGACGAGACAUGCCGCCGUCGUGAAGAGAAACUGGCGGAACUGUGGGGCGCGGAACCGCCGUACGAGGAGCAGGCCGAGGACAGGGCGCGGUGGCCAUGGAGCUACCUGCUGUACACCUGGCUGGGGGAUGUCAUGUACAAGGCGUCGCGAGAGGAGCUGACGCAGGAGGGGCUGCCACGACCCAUGCAGGGGUGCCGUGCCUACAACACCGGUACACUUCUCUCCCGCGAGCUGCAGCGGCAGCGCAACGUGGAGCACGGGUGGGACGCGCUGUGUGGGACGGCGGUGGUGCGCUACACCGGCGUGGGCCGCGCCGCUCGCCAGCGCCUGCCACGCCGCGUGUUGCGUGCACUGGCGCGCAUGACGGGCUGGGGCGGCUCAGACGGUGUGACGGUGGCCGAUUCGGGGCUGCGCGUCGGUGCGACCGGCGUGUUGCGGUGGUGUGGCAAGGUCCAGCAGUACGACGCGGGCGGUCAGCGGUACGCCGGCGUGGAGUGGGAGGCCGAUGCGGUGGCGGCGGCACUGGAAGGUGCGGCGGUGGUGCCUGACGGGUGCGUGUGUGCGUGGCACGACGGAACGGUCUGCGGCGAGCACCUCUUCGAGACGAGCGACGGCCGUGCGACGGCGACGUGCGAGCGCGUAGAGGACGUGACGAUUAUCGUGCCGGGGCGCCCCGCUCGCGAUGGGGAGUCCGCAGCCGACGACGGCCUUCCCCCCGCCGUUCACACCCGCCCUCGCGGCAUGUCCGCUACGAGGGCCAUCUUCGCGACGCUGUGGGGACCCAUGAACCGCGUCAUCCCCGUGCGCGUCAUGCGCGAUGCCUGCACCAUCCUGGUGCCGCUGCUGCUGCAGUAUUACAUCGAAUAUCUGGAGAAGGUGGCGGCCGAGACAGCAACGGCCGCAGCAGAAGAUGGAGACUCCGCUGGAGUGCACGACAAGACGCGUGUUUGGCUGAAGGGCAUCGCCAUCGUGGCGGUGUAUUUUGUCUUCAUUGAGGUGCAGGCGGUGACGCAGAGCUACUACUGGUUCGCCACGCUUCGGUGUGCGUGCAUGUUUCGCGCUGCGCUGUCCGGGGUGAUCUUUGAGAAGUGUCUCACCAUCUCCGGCAAGUACCUCGCCCACCCUCGCGUCAACACGGGGUACAUCGUGAACCUGCUGGGGACAGACGUCGCGACGGUGGAGGAGUUUACGAUGUGGUUUUGGGCGUCGAUUGGGUCGGCGGCGCAACUCAUUGCCGGCGUCACGCUCCUGUACCACAUGAUGGGCUGGCCGGCUUUCCUGGGAUUUGGUGUGAUGUUCCCCGCUGUUCUUUUGCAGAGUAUGGUGGCUCGCAAAACGUUCGACAUGUUCGCUGAGAAGUCCGCCAUCACCGACGCACGGCUAAAGGCGACGAACGAGUUCCUCUCGGGCAUUCGGGUGGUGAAGUUCAUGUCGUGGGAUCCCUCCUUCAUUGUGAAGAUCAACGAGAUCCGCGAAGUGGAGAUUCAGAAGAUCAAACGCAUUCAGCUUUACCUGACUUUGCUGUCUUUCCUCAGCGCUGCUAUCCCGAAUCUUGUGCUGGCCGUUGUGCUCCUGUGCUACGCACUAGCCGGCAACACGCUCAAGGCGUCCGUUGUCUUCCCCGCGAUUGCGCUGGAGGGCAUCAUUGAGAUGCCCUUCCUCUGUGUCCCGAUGAUUGCCUCCGCGUUUACCCACUUUUUCGUUUCGAUGAGGCGCGUCAGCCGCUUUGUCGAAUGCGACGACAACGAGAGGGCGGUGGUGGACAUGGCGGACGACUUUGCGGCCGAGCACCGGGCGAUGGUGACGGAAGGCCGCAAGGAGGCGUACGAGGAGGCUCGGCGAGCUUUCGUGGGGAUGUACGCUGCCCGCCUCAAGAACGCUACGCUGUCCGCAUUUGUGGCGGAGCCGCUGCCUGCGAUGGACAGCGCUGCCCACCGGAAACGCGAAGACGAAAAGAAGAAAUCUAGCAAGAGCGGAAAGAAAAAAGACGGAGACGAAGACGAAGACCAGCUGUACGAGCUGCGCGUCAAGACGCUGCUGGAGGACGUGGACCUGCGCAUCCCGCGCGGCAAGCUGACUGUUGUGCUGGGGCCGACGGGGUGCGGCAAGUCGACGCUGCUGGACUCGCUGAUCGGCGCGCUCGCGGUGACGCGUGGCCGCGUUGCGUGCAGCCGCUGCGUCGCCUACGUGCCGCAGCAGCCGUGGAUCAUGAGCGCGACGCUGCGCGACAACGUUGUGUUCUUCGGCGCUGCGGACGACGCUGCGUUCGAGCGCGCGGUGGCGAGCAGCCAGCUUGCGGCGGACCUUGCGCUGCUCGCUGCUGGCGCUGCGACGGAGAUCGGCGAGAAGGGCAUCAACCUGAGCGGCGGGCAGAAGGCGCGCGUGAGCCUGGCGCGUGCUGUGUACGCGGACCGCGACGUGUACGUGCUGGACGACCCGCUGUCCGCGCUGGACGCGCACGUUGGCGAGCGUGUGAUGCGCGAGUGCGUGUGCGGCGCGCUGGCGCACAAGACGCGCGUGCUUGCGACGCACCAGGUGCACGUUGCGCGCGACGCGGACUACGUGGUGGUGCUGUCGGCGGGCGGCGUCGUCUUUCAAGGGGACGCCGCGGCGUACAGCGUGUACUGCGACAUCAACGCCGAACUGCCGUUGAACACCGCAGUGCGGCAGGCUGCGGUCGAAGAACCGGAUGACGUGAUCGACGAGGGCUCAGCGAAGGCGCGUGGCCGUGCGGCUGCUGCAGACGUUGAGGAGAGCGACGGCGACGGAGCCGCAACUGUGUCGGUGUGCACGGCAGUUUCACGCAAAGCGUCGAGGAGUGACGUCGGCGGCGUGGACGUCGCUGCGAAGUUGAUCGAGGACGAGGAAAUGGCCGUGGGAGCGGUGACCAGAGACGUUUAUGUGAGCUACAUGAAGGCGUGCUGCCGGAUGCGUGUGUGGUGGAUACUGGCGGCACUGUACAUCGGCACAGAGCUGCUGAUCGUGUCCAGUCGCGUGUGGCUGUCCUUUUGGACGGCGAAGCGCUUCAGCGGUGUGUCGGACGCCACAUACCUCUACGUGUAUCUCGUGCUGGUGAUGACCGGUAUCGUUGCCCACCCGAUUCGGCGCUGCUGCACGUACCCUGUUCUGCGGCGGGGCUGUCGCGUCAUCCACGACGAACUGCUGCGCUCCGUCAGCUCGGGCACGAUGGCCUUCUUCGACACAACCCCGCUGGGCCGCAUUGUGAACCGCUUCUCCAAGGACCUCAACCUCCUCGACGACCGCCAGCAGGAGAACCUUGUCGCCGUGCUGGACCUUACGUGCAAUUUGGUGUCGUACCUGUGCGUGGUGCUCGUGACGGAGCUGUUGGCGAUAGUGCCGAUGGUUCCCUGUGCGUACUUGUACUACCGUUUAUCCCUCUUUUUCACGGCGGCCAAUCGCGCAAUUCGCCGCAGGGCCAACGUGUCGAACGCGCCCGUAUUGGCCCUCCUGACGACGCUGCUGGCUGGGCGCUGGACGAUUGAGGCGUACGGCUGCGCGAAGGAGAUGAUUAGAUGCUUUUGCUCGCAUGGACCUUGUCUUCUCCUGCUCUUUUCUUCAAGAGACGGGGCAGCAGUGGCUGGGGGUGCGCGUGGGCACGCUCGCGAACGUCAUUGUCACCUCCGUUGCCUUCUUCGGCGUUGUCUCCAUCAACACCACGAGUGGUGCGACGGCAGCUUCGCGGGUGGGUCUCAUCUCGCUGAGCAUCACGUUGGCCACUCAGAUCAGCUUCAUGCCCUUCCUGGCCGUUUUCAUGGGAGCCGAGUUGGAGGCGAACAUGAACGGAAUGGAGAGCAUCGCCUUCUACAUCGACAGCAUCGACCUCGAGAGCACGCAGAGGGACAUUGCGGCCGCCGUGGACGCACACGCCGCGCAGAUCCGCCGCCUCAUGGACCGCGCCGUGGAGGUGACCGUGGAGGACGGCGGCGGUGCGGCGGCCCUCAGCCCGCUGUCGCCCGCGUCGGCCGGCGGUGUGUCGCCGACGGUGGGGCGUGUGGUGCCCGGUGCGGCGGGGUCGCUCGUGCUGGAGCACGUGGACAUGCGGUACCGGCCGGGGCUGCCGCUCGUGCUGCGCGACGUGAGCUUCGCGGUGCUGCCCGGGCAGAAGGUGGGCGUUGUGGGCCGCACGGGCAGCGGGAAGUCGACGCUGCUGCUUGCGCUGCUGCGGCUUGUGGAGGUGUGCGGCGGGUGCAUGCGCGUGUGCGGGCGCGACGCGCGCGACUACGGCGUGCGUGA